AUGAGACACACCAAGAAGAAAAAGAAUAGUAAUAGAAGCAAAUACAUCAAAGAAACGAAAAACGGUAGAUCAAGAAAGAAAUGGAUAGCACAACAAUUUAACACGUACGUCACUCUCAAACUUCAAAACGUUAAAUCGACAACAGUAACUGUUAAAGGAGCGACACCAUGUUGGGAACAGGACUUUUUGUUUGAAACCAACAACUUAGACACUGGUCUACUAAUAGAGGUGUGGAGUAAAGGAAUGAUCUGGGACCGAGCUAUAGGAUACCACUGGAUACCACUACAAACUAUACAGUAUUCAAACGAGGAAGGAAUUGGUCAAUGGCGGUCUUUGGAAGCAGAAUUGGUGAUGAGAGAUGCUCAUGAUAAUCACUUUGAAAAUGACAUUUCAGCGGGGUACAGCGAGGACAGCGACUACACCUCCGACCUAAACUACCCCGUGGGACAACACCCCAAUUCGUCCGCGUCCCAGUUUAGAUCUGCUGCAUACCAGAUCAACACUCCUCAACGCUCUCUGGAAACGUCUAGAGAGAAUUCGUCGGAAAGGGCCGAUACGCCGAACGCCUAUAACCAGCAGCACGUGCUGGGACCGUCACAGAACCAGCAGCAUCUCAGUCCUGAUGUCCACAGACGCCACCACCAGCAGCAUCCUUCCACUACAGAUCCCUACGGUACCUACAAAAGUAAUCAACAUGGUCAAAAUUCCAAUAACCAGUUCCAGGAAAACAGUACCGACGCCGAACCACUCUUUUACAAUAGUAGACCGCACAACAGGAAGUUAAAUAGAUCUAAUUAUUCGAGUAAUGAAACUUGGUUGAGUUGUGAAAGCGCAGUUUACAAUCCCAGCGGUGAUAGUUUUGACGCCGGCUAUUACGUAGAUGCCAAUGAUGCUCUGGUUUCACAAUACUCCAAAGCUCGAAGACCCAGUUUAGAGAGACAAACUACCCUAUACGAUGAUCCGAACUAUGAUUAUUCAGUCUAUACUGCAACCACUGUACCAGGCGUCGACGAGUUUUAUGAUACGGUGCCAUAUUCUUCGCAAGAUGGACGCUUUGGGCAGGAAGAUGAGGAUCGCCAAUGGGAUAGCGGAGGGUACGAUCCGUACCUUCCCCCUAAACCAAGAUCUUCCAAAAAACUACCCUCCAUACCGGCUCUACAGAACAUUACCAAUAAACAGUUACCUACCGUACCGACUGUACAAAAUUCAGACUCCUUUUCCUUGUACGACGAACCCAUGAGACCAAUGUCCACUGGUCGCAGAAGAAUGCCCCAGGUACCCAACAGAAAGACUUCCUGGAGGCAGUUCUCUCAGCAGAGCCAGGAGGACGGAUACAAAACCCCAGAAUCCUUGUCCCAUCGUGGGGCCAGUCUUCCUCCUACGCCUACCAAAAAUUCCAGGAUCAUCGCGAGACUCGCGCAGACUUUGGAACCGACGAGAGCGAUGACUCCUGGAAGGAAACUUCCCACGCCCAAUCCAAAUCUUAAAGGAAAGAGAAAUAGGCUAUUGAAAAGAACUAGUUCUGCAGACGACUAUGCGGAAAAUCAGUUAGAUAACGGUUAUAUGCGGUUUGGUGCUAUCAGUGCCACAGAAAAUUAUAAUGAAGACUACAAUUAUGCAUAUCAAAGUACGGAUAACUUGCCAGUAGUACCGGACGUAGAUGUAUAUUCAGUACCUAACGUACUUCAACAGCAACACCAAACACCAUUCCGAGCAAUAGAAACCACGACGGCGCUUCCUAGUCUAACCGUAGCAGCUCAAGUGCACAAUCACAGCGGACUGGGUAACGGCACAACCAACGGAAAGGGCAUGUUAAAGCAACAGAACUGCGUGGACGCUGGGUACUACGGUACUGCUCAGAUAAACCAGUUGAAUCAACAAGAGAGCGACAAAGGUUUGCAGGAGGAGCAGUUUUUAGAAACAGAGGAAGUCAUAGAUGAAUACAUUGAGGAAGAGACUGAAGAUAGCAUUAGUUACGGUCAAAACGCAGUAAAUCAAGCAAUAAAACACGAUUCCCCGUUAUCUGUGAUACACGUAGAAAACCGAGAAGAAAAUGGCAGUAGUGAGCCAAUAAUAAUGCGAAGUAGAGAACCUUCUCAAGCGAGCGUCAUUGCUGAUCCCUAUCAUCCGGCAACGGUGGCUGCUAUGCAGAGAGCACAAGCCGGUAGCGGUUCCAGAAGAUCUUCAGCGGAACAAUCUUACCAGGGUUACGAUGAUCCUUAUUUAAAUUUCCAACGUAAAAAUGGAUCUGACGCCGGAAUCCCUGGACGUCGUCUGUCCGUUAGACGAUCCCCGACUACUCAAGAAGAACCUGAAGACGUACUUGAAGAGAACCAUCUCGCCGAGGAUGUACCAAUUAUACCCGUGGAAACGACUCUGGUGGUUCCAGAAGUCCAAGAAGAAGAACUCAAAGAGCAGAGGCCCCAAAUAACUGCCCAGCAAAGGUGGUUAUGGGCCUACAACAAAAUUAUCAUGCAGCUGGACCGUUUAGAAUAG